CUCUCUCAUGGACAGCCUGGCUCAGAGAUAGAGAGAGGGAGAGAGGAAUACAAACACAUCUCCGGCGGUCCGUGUUUUCUCUUUUGUAUUCUGCUGUAAUUUUAUCUUCUCAUGGCUGAUUUUGUGUCUCGGUUUAUAUUAUUAUUUUGUGUUUUAUCGGCUGUUGUUUGGAGCUGUGUUCUGGCCGGUCGCAGUGAUGUGAUGGAGCUGAAGGACUUGGAUUUUGACUACAUAGCCGCAGAGCAGGAGACCAUGCUGGUCAAGUUUUACGCUCCCUGGUGUGGCCACUGUAAGAAACUCGCUCCUGAGUUUGAAGCUGCUGCUGCAAGACUUAAAGGCAUCGCGACCUUGGCCAAGGUGGACUGUACGUCGAACACCGAGGUUUGUGGGCGAUUCGGGAUCAACGGAUAUCCUACUCUUAAAAUAUUUAAGAACGGAGCAGAAACGUCAACAUACGAUGGUCCCCGUUCCUCAGAUGGAAUCGUGGACCACAUGAAAAAGCAGGCAGGACCCGACUCCGUACUGCUGCACAACGAGAAAGACCUGGAGGCCUUCAUCAGCCACUUUGACCCUAGUGUAAUCGGAGUGUUCGAGAGCAGCGACAGUCCUCAGCUGGUGGAGUUUCUGAAAGGAGCCAAUCUAAUGAGGGACAGCUUCCGCUUCGCUCACACCACCGACAUGCAGCUCGGCAUCAAAUACGAUCUUACAUCAGAGGGUGUCCUGCUGUUCAGGCCUCCCAGGUUGGCCAGUAAGUUUGAGGACAGUGUGGUGUCACACACAGGCCCGUUUUCCAUCACUGGUUUACGUCGCUUCAUCAGAGACAACAUAUAUGGAAUCUGCCCACACUUGACCAAAGAAAAUAAAGAUCAGCUGAGGAAGAGAGACCUGCUGACAGCAUAUUAUGAUCUGGAUUAUCUACGCAACCCCAAAGGCUCCAAUUACUGGAGAAACAGAGUAUUAAAGGUGGCGUCUCAGUACAAGGAUCAUGGCCUGCACUUCUCGGUGGCUAACCGGCAAGACUUUAUGGACGAGCUUGAGGAAGAUUACGGCCUGGGUACGACGGAAGGGAGCGACAUGCCGUUUGUCACCAUCAGGACUCGAUUAGGACACAAAUACACCAUGCAUGAGGAGUUCACACGAGACGGAAAGUCUUUAGAAAGGUUUUUGGAGGAUUAUUUCGCGGGCAGAUUGAAGCGUUACGUCAAAUCACAGCCUGUACCUGCUAACAACGAUGGACCAGUCAAGGUGGUGGUUGCAGACACGUUUGAGGAGAUUGUGAACGAUCCAGAGAAAGAUGUACUGAUUGAGUUUUAUGCCCCGUGGUGUGGUCACUGCAAGAAACUCGAACCGAAAUAUGCAGAGCUUGGACAGGAGCUUUAUAACGAUCCCAACAUUUUGAUCGCUAAGAUGGACGCCACUGACAACGAUGUCCCUCCAGGCUAUGAUGUAGAAGGAUUUCCCACGAUAUAUUUCGUUCCUGCUUUGAGGAAGGACGAACUGAAACGAUACGAGGGGGGUCGUGAAGUGAAGGACUUCCUCAACUUCUUGAAACGGGAAGCGACCAACCCCUUGGUCCUCAAGGGAGCGAAGGAAGAGUUGUAAUCUAUCCCGAAUGCAAAAAGGGGAAGCUGGAAGAUGCUGUGGUUUGUUUUAUCCGUCUCAUUCGUCUGGGUUUGUUGUAACGAAGGUCACACGGGUCCUCCAGAGGUUCAGCCGUACAUAUCGGUAAAGAAAGAAGUGAUACGAUCUAUAAGUGGCAUCCUGUUAUAGGAAAAUUAAUCAAGUGGUACUCUUGUAUUAUCUGGACUGAUAAACCCUUUACACACACCCCUAUACCAGAUUAUUAUUUUUUUUGGAUCCAAAUUUCAGCCGCAGCAACAUGACAGUUUUUUCCCAGACUGCCACACAGAUACUGUUGAACUUUUGGAGAUCCCUGAGGCCUUACACCUUUCCACCGAAGAUUUCUGUUUCCCUUUCUCUCCCUACGUCCUGCUGUAUUCUUUUACCUCAACAAGUAGCCGUCCACAUAUAGAGUCACGCCCGUAAUCUGCACGUUUGGGUCAUAAUGGACAUUUAUUUAUUUGUUUGUUUGUUUUUUAUAAAGUGUAUUUCUCUGUGAUACUGCUGAUUUAAAUUAAACCGAUUUGAUUAUUUA